AUGUCUUCAGUUCGUGCCUUUGCAUCACCUGUCGCCAGGGCCGCCUUCAGACCUCAGAUUGCUGGCAAAGCAGGUAACAUGAGGGCUUUCGCAACCUCCCGGAUCAUUCGUGCAGCAGCGUUGACCGAAGCGAUCACGUCCGAUCACCGAGAGCUCGAGAAGUUAUACAAUGUCAUCGUCAACUCCAAGGAUGUCGAACAGCAGACGCGCUAUGGCAACCAGUUCAUCUGGGAGCUUGCUCGGCACUCGGUCGCUGAGGAACUAAUCGUCUACCCGGCUAUGGAGGGUAUGGGCGAGGAGGGUAAGGCCCAUGCCGAGAGGGAUCGCAAGCACCACCACACCCUCAAGGAGCUCCUCAAGACCUUCCAGAACAUGAGUGCCCAGGACUCCGAAUACGUCCCUCAACUGAAGAAGCUGUACAAGCACCUCGAGAACCACAUCAAGGAGGAGGAGAAAGACGACCUACCCGCCCUCGAGCAGGCCCUGACCUCAGAGAAGAACCGUGGCAGCUCUGAGAGCUUGGCAAAGAGCUUCUCCAGGACCAAGAUGUUCGUCCCAUCCAGGUCGCAUCCAGCUGCUGGCGAGAAUCCGUACAUAGAGGGCCCUGCCGGACUGCCAGUCGCCAUCUUCGACCACAUUGCCGACCUCUUUCGCAAGUUUCCCGAUGGCACCAUCAGUCCCAACCCAUCACAGAAGUAA